GAUGCAAGUACAGAAGUAUACUUCCUGUCUGUACUAUGCAUUGGAAGGGCCUGUAUCCAGGUUCACUUUUAAAAGAGACUUUAGAAAAUCAACAAUGGGCCCUGAACCUUCACUUGCCUACUUGUUUUCCUUGAAAAUGGCUGUUCAUAUGAAGUUUUUCCUUUUAAUUUGUGUAGUAUCCAUCUUCAUUCAAAAGAAGUAUGUCUCUGCUCUCCAAAGUGACCAGGUUUUGGCUUCUCUUCCACGCUCAGAUAGAGAAGCUGAAUUCCUCCAGAAUUUGACCACCACUUUUGAGAUUGUUCUUUGGAAACCUGAUUCGCCCAGCAACAUCAUGAAGAACAGAGAGGUCCAUUUUUAUGUCAACGUGUCUGAUGUCGGUGAUGUGAAAGCUGCACUGAACCGAUCUGCCAUCCAAUACAAAGUCUUGCUGGAAGAUGUUCACAAAAUGAUUGAGCAGCAAACAACCAAUGACACAGUCACUCCCCGUAGCUCAGCAUCAUAUUACGAACAAUAUCAUUCUCUAAACGAAAUAUACUCCUGGAUGGAAGAAAUAACUCUAAGAUAUGAUAAUAUGCUCCGAAAAAUACCCAUUGGAUAUUCCUAUGAGAAACGACCACUUUACAUCUUAAAGCUCUCUAAUGGAGAUAACAUAUCAAAAAAUGCUGUAUGGAUAGAUUGUGGGAUCCAUGCAAGGGAAUGGAUUGCUCCUGCUUUCUGUGUCUGGUUCAUAGGAUAUGCAACCCAGUUCCUACAAAGAGAUCGGACAAUGAGGGGACUUCUACAGCACCUAGAUUUCUAUGUCAUGCCAAUAAUUAACGUGGAUGGCUAUGAGUACACGUGGACCACUAAUCGAAUGUGGAGAAAAAGUCGCUCUCAGCAUGGCAACAACAGGUGCAUUGGUACCGACUUGAACAGGAAUUUUGAUGCAGGCUGGUGUGGCCAAGGUGCAUCUAAUAAUAAUUGUGCGGAGAUAUAUUGUGGACCUUUCCCUGAGUCUGAACCAGAAGUAAAAGCUGUGGCCAAUUUUCUCAAAAAGAACAAGAACCAUAUUAAGGCAUAUAUAUCAAUGCAUUCUUACUCCCAAAUGGUGCUGUUUCCAUAUUCCUAUACCACAAAUAAAAGUAAAGAUCAUGAUGAGCUGAAACGUGUGGCAGAUAAAGUGUCUAAUACUAUUAAGUAUACAUAUCAAAGUCGUUAUCUGUCUGGUUCUGGUGCACAGACAAUCUAUUUAGCUCCAGGAGGCUCAGAUGACUGGGCUUAUGACCUUGGUAUUAAGUAUUCUUUCACUUUCGAACUUCGGGACAAAGGAAAAUAUGGAUUCUUGCUUCCUCCCCGCUUCAUUAAACCGACUUGCUAUGAAGCACUCACUGGAAUCAAAAUCAUAGCUUCACAUGUGAUUCAAAAUAUGUGAAACCCCACAUUCCAUUUAGCUGUUCAUAGUAUAACAUCAGGCACCUUAGAUGGCUAAUAGGAGAGCCUAAUCCAUAUUGCUUGUUCUACUUUCAAUAAAAAUGAAAUUUCUCUGUA